UUCCUCCCUUCUCUUCUGCCCCUACCCCCUACCCUCAUUGGCCUGAAGACAUUGUAACCAGAGUUUGCCUUACUCCCCCGGUGCUAUGUGUAUGGUAAACCUGGUACUAUGGCCGCAUCUGGGACUGGCCAGACAACUGCUGCUGGUUCUCCCUAUUCCAAGGAGGAUUUAAAAGGGAAUUGCACUGCAGGCAAUGCAUCAGAGCAGCAGCAUCGGGAGCUUGGGGACUAAGGCUCCUCGGGCAUUAUUACAGACACACAGAGCUGGCCGCAAUGACAGCAGCUGCUCCAUUGAACUGUUGGCAGCAGCCAGGCGGCAGCAUGAAGUGAGAGAUCACUCCUGAGCUCAAGAUGAACUCUACCUUGGAUGGUAAUCAGAGCAGCCACCCUUUUUGCCUCUUGGCAUUUGGCUAUUUGGAAACUGUCAAUUUUUGCCUUUUGGAAGUAUUGAUUAUUGUCUUUCUAACUGUAUUGAUUAUUUCUGGCAACAUUAUUGUGAUUUUUGUAUUUCACUGUGCACCUUUGUUGAACCACCAUACUACAAGUUAUUUUAUCCAGACUAUGGCGUAUGCUGACCUCUUGGUUGGAAUAAGCUGCCUGAUCCCUUCUUUAUCACUCCUCCACUAUCCCCUUCCAGUGGAGGAGUCCUUGGCUUGCCAGGUAUUUGGUUUUGUAGUAUCAGUUCUGAAGAGUGUCUCCAUGGCCUCUCUGGCUUGUAUCAGCAUCGAUAGAUAUAUUGCCAUCACUAAACCUUUGACCUAUAAUACACUGGUUACACCCUGGAGACUACGCCUGUGCAUUUUCCUGAUUUGGCUAUACUCUACCCUGGUCUUCCUGCCUUCCUUUUUCCACUGGGGCAAACCUGGAUAUCAUGGAGAUGUGUUUCAGUGGUGUGCGGAGUCCUGGUAUACCAGCCCCUACUUCACCCUGUUCAUCGUGAUGAUGUUAUAUGCCCCAGCAGCCCUCAUUGUAUGCUUCACCUAUUUCAACAUCUUCCGCAUCUGCCAACAGCACACAAAGGAAAUCAGCGAAAGGCAAGCCCGCUUCAGCAGCCAGAGUGGGGAGACUGGGGAGGUUCAGGCCUGUCCUGAUAAGCGCUAUGCCAUGGUCCUGUUCCGAAUCACUAGUGUAUUUUACAUCCUCUGGUUGCCAUACAUCAUCUACUUCUUAUUGGAGAGCUCCACUGGCCACAGCAACCGCUUCGCAUCCUUCUUGACCACCUGGCUUGCUAUUAGUAACAGUUUCUGCAACUGUGUCAUUUAUAGUCUUUCCAACAGCGUCUUCCAAAGGGGACUAAAGCGCCUCUCCGGGGCCAUGUGUGCUUCUUGUGCAAGUCAGAUGAUAGCUAAGGACCCUUACACAGUUAGGAGCAAAGGCCCCCUUAAUGGAUGCCAUGUCUGAAGUGGUUCAGAUACUGGGUCACCAUGUGUCUUGUGUGUGUGUGUGUGUGUCCUUCUUAUCUCUUUGUAUUCUGGUUCACUGGGAAAUGUGGAACAAAAUAAUUUGACUCUAAGCAUUAGCAAACAAAUGAUCCAUCCAAAAUACCUUGGAUUUUGCAGAAAUGAUUUUUUUAAUGCUUUUUAAUUCAGGACCAUGAAGAUAAAUUUAUCUUGGUUCCAGUUUUUAGAAUGUCAUGGAAAUGACUGUAUUUCUUAGACUUAAAAUGAAUAAAGCCAUAUCUAACACCUCUCUCCAGCUGGCAUGACUGAACCUGGGUGUGAAAAGCGUCAGCAUUUUUAAAAGUCAUCGUUUUCUUGUCGCUUUUCUGGGUUCUUUCCAGCUGUUUGGGCUUCAUGUAUAAUUUAUUUCUUUUAACAGGGAAGAUUAAAAUACAGUGAUGAAUUAAUAGCAUUUAAAAUUUUUUUUAAUGUAUGUCAAAGUAUUGCUACACUGAAGGUUUCACACUGUCAUUCAGAAAGCCAAAUGUUUUAUGUCUUACUCUCUGGAGAGAACGCUCAAUACAGUGAGUAACGUAAAAACUUAAACAUUGAUUUAAAAUUUUUGCAUUGAACCAUGAAGCAGAAGGGCAGUCAAAUUAUAGUUUAUUAAAAACUAAGCUGUUUUUUGUGCCAUGCUUCACUGAGAUCUAAAGAAGUGUGUGUAUUGAAAGUGAUUGUGUUGUAUUUUUGCCCAUGCCUUUUGUGUAUGUGUGUUUUGAGAAUAUUUGAAUUGAAUUAGAUUUCUCUUUUAGAGCAAAAAAAGUGUUUUAAUAAGCUGAAAAAAUAAUUAAAUGAUAGGCUGACUGUCAUUUGUAUAAUGAUGAAAAUAUAUUAAAAUGUGUCUUUAGUCUUCUGUGCUCUUUUUAGCCAGAGACUGUUAAACAUUAAGGUAUCAGGAAGAAAGUUGUCCUAAGCAAUGAACUCAGAAAAUAUAUUGUACAUUUAGCUAGUUCAUUUUUAAAACAGAAGGGGGUUGAUUGAGAUGUUCUCUUUGUGGUUAAAUGGAAUCAACUAAUAUAAAGUAACAACCAAUUCUUUUUAAAAGCAUUCUUUUAGCUAGUGUUAAGAAAUCCAUAUAUGAAUGAGAGAAGGAGAGAUUCUGAUUAAGUCUCUUUUGUUUGUUCUGGGAAAAAAAAAAUCCUUGGCAUACAAUUCCUUUCCUAAAUAGGCUUUUUGUUUUGUUUUGUUUUUUGUAAGCCAAAGUACUAGCAAAGUCUGUGGAAUUAUUGAGAGCACUAUGUAUUUGUAUGUAGUAGUGAUGUUUUGUUCCCAAAAGUGAUUAUAUUUAGGGCAAGAGGUUUAUUUUUCUAAAAGGAGAGGAUUUCCCAGCAGCUCUAGGCAUGAGAGUAUUUUCUCUACUUUUCUACUGGUUUUAAUGUUUUACAGGACUUUAGGGGACUUAUGUGAUCUCUGCCUCUGGCUAAAUGUUAAUCUGAAUGUGACAGUGGUGUUCAGUGAGAUGGAAGAUGGAAGAAAACCAAGGGAAAUGGGUUAAAGUGGAUUUUUGAGUCCAAGAAAGGACAUGGAUAUUUAUAAAACAGGCAGAUAUGCUUUGGUUUUCCAUCAUGAUAUGAGAAAACUUCCUACCCUCUUUUAAAAUAAAGGACAGCAUUCUUAGGAUUUUAGGUUUUAGAUAUUGAUUUGAUUUUUAACUUUAAAUG